CACAGAUAUGAACACAUGUUUUGAAAAGAAAAUGUUCAAGUUUUUCCUUUAGUUGCUAUUUAUUUAUUUAUAGUUUGGUUGAUGAUAAGAAAGGAAUUAUUUCCCAGAACUUUGUGCAAACUUCGUCAUGCAAUUUGUCAUACCUUUACACCGUAUACCUCAUAGAGUUUUGGUUUCAAUCGAAGCAUUUUUCGCAUUGGCGAUCAGCUAUAUGAUGCGAUUCUGCACAUCAAUAGCUCUGACUGAAAUGACCAAACCCACGAAGAGCAUAAAAGAUUCAACGUGCAACAUCACGACCUCAAGUUUUCUGAAACCGUUGGAUAAGCUGUAUGAUUUUAACUGGUCGGCACGUGACAUUUCCUUCCUCCAGUCAUCCUUCUUCGCCGGCUAUGCCCUGAGCAUGAUCCCCUCGGGCAUACUGGCCGAUAAGAUCGGCUUCAAAACCCCGGUCGUUGUAGGCCUCCUAAUUUCAGGACUAUCCACCGUAUUGCAGCCUUUCUUUGCAUAUCAUCACGGCGUAUGGGGUAUGAUCCUCCUAAGGUUUAUCCUCGGCAUGGCACAGGGGUUGUUUUAUGCUGCAUUGCACACAAUGGUUGCUGAAUGGGUUCCAAAAAAAGAAAGAAGUGUUUUAGGGACAAUAAUAUUUUCUGGGCUUUAUAUAGGAAAUGCAAUUAACUUUUCAUGUUCCGGCAACAUACUUUGGUUUUUUAAAGGAAGUUGGCCCAUUUUGUUUUAUCUGUAUGGAUCUAGUGGCAUAUUUAUCGGGGUUAUUUUUUUGUUCACAACUUAUAACAGACCAGAAGACAAUCCAUAUCUCAAGCCGAAAGAAAAAAAGUUACUCACUGAGCACAUAAACAGCAUGAAACUGCUAAAGCCUGAACAAAAGAAUACACCCUGUGUUGCCAUAAUGACAAACAAUCCUGUUUGGAGCAUAUCAAUCGCUAUGUUCGGGCACAAUUGGUGUCUAUUUUUGAUGAUAACUGCUCUGCCAACAUUUAUCAGUGCAGUUUUAAAUUAUAAUAGCCAACAGAAUGGUUUGAUAAACGCCAGUAUACACUUAAUAAUUUGGGUAGCCGGGAUCUUAAGCGGUGUACUUUGUGACUAUGCAGUAAAAAAAAGAAUAGUAUCAUUGACUAUGAACAGGAAAAUAGGGGCUACCCUAGCAAGUAUUAUGCCUUCUGUUGGGAUUUUGCUCUCAGCUUAUACCAGAUGCAACCGACUGGCUUCUAUUGUGCUGAUAGCAGUCGGGACCUUUUUCAUGGGCUGCUUUUAUCCGACUCUCAAAAUGAACCCUAUAGACAUUGCGCAGAAUUUCGCCGGUACCAUUGGCGCCAUGGCACACUUCUGUGGAGCUUUGGCAGGCAUUCUUGUGACUCUCUUCACGACUCAGUUCACACCUAAUAACUCCAUGGAUGAAUGGAAAGGAGUUUUCUGGAUUUGCUUCAUUAUCAUGAGUCUCACUAAUAUGCACUAUAUUAUUUUCGCAUCGGCUGACAUUCAAACAUUUGACACAAUGCAGAAAAAAUAAAUAGCUUAAAUAAAAAUGUUCUAAAACCGUAAA